GAAAGCUCAGAACUCCUUUUUUGUGUGACUUGACUAUGUCAGACCACGAUCCACGCACUGACAUUUCAGAAAAUUUUGUUGGUUUUUCCUUCCCUGCCUUCGAUUCUUCUAAUCCUCACGUGUGGUUUUUACAGUUGGAAGCUCUUUUUCGCAUACGCCGUAUUACUUCUCAGUCCUUAAUGUUCGCACAUGUCACUGCCCAGCUUCCUACCCACAUCGCAACUGACCUUAUAGACUUGCUCGAUCCGAUUCCGGCUGACGCACCCUACGAUAAACUAAAAGCCGCCGUAUUAAAGCGCACCACGGCCUCCGACGAAGCUAGACUUCGACAAUUACUUUCCGGUCUUGAACUAGGUGAUCGCACGCCAUCACAACUACUCAGGCACAUGCGUACGUUGGUCGGUUCCUCUAAGGUCGAUGACACGAUUCUGCGACAGCUCUGGACGAAAUGUCUUCCAUCGAACACCUCAGCUCUUCUCGCCGUCUUCGCAGAUGAUUUGUCUUUGGACAAGCUGGCUGAAACAGCAGACAAAGUUCAUGAGUACUUUCAUAAACCCGCAGCAUGUCACGCAGUUGAGUCGACCCCUAACGCCGAUCUUAAAACUGACCCGAUUGAAACCAUUUCUGAGAGGUUAUCGAAACUGGAGCUCGCCAUCUUGAGCAUUAAUCGCUACCGUGGUAGAAGCCCUAGACGCUCCUCUCGAAGUAGACGUAGUCCCGCCAGGAGUUCGAAACGUCAUUUCUGCUGGUACCACUACCGUUUUGGCGAUGAUGCAAGGAAUUGCCGACCUGGUUGUAACCAUCCGAAGGCAUUCCACAAACCGCAGCAGGGAAACCUCCACGCCAGCCAGUGAUGGCGACGGCUGCGUCUGGCCAAUCUUACAGUCGCCUACUUUACGUCUACGAUUCCUCAACCAAUUUGAACUUCUUGGUUGACACCGGUGCCGAGGUCAGCGUUAUUCCUCGUUCUGCAGAAAAACGCAACCUACUUCCAACCGGACUGACAUUGCAGGUGGCGAACAAUACCAAGAUCCAUACAUACGGCCAGAAAAUGUUGACUCUUAACCUUGGUCUUCGUCGAAGUUUUCCCUUUGUUUUCCUCAUCGCUGACGUCCAACGCCCCAUCCUUGGUGUUGAUUUCCUUACCAAGUUUGGCCUGAUCGUGGACCUGCGUAACCGUAAACUAUGCGAUAGUUUGACAUCCUUGUCCGUUUCGGGUAAAGUCACUUCGAUCAGUUCGAUCGGUCUUCGCUUGGCAUUGCCCGCCGACAAUGUGUUUACCAAACUAUUACUGCAGUUUCCUGCUCUUUGUCAAUCGCCUAAUGACUUUCCUGAGCCUAAGCACGAAGUUACGCACCACUCAGGAAGCUAUCGAUGCAUUCGACAAGAUCAAGCACGCGUUGUCCAACGCUACCGCGCUUAGUCAUUUGAGGACUGAUGUUGACGCCACUCUGAUCCUCAAGACCGAUGCAUCUCAGACCGCCGUUGGGGCUGUUCUCCAGCAGGUAAUCAACGGUCAACCUGAGCCGCUAUCGUUCUUCUCUCGUAAACUCCAGCCAGCACAGACGCGAUACAGCACAUUCGGUCGAGAACUUUUAGCUAUCUACCUUGCUAUCAAACAUUUUCGGCACCUGCUUGAAGGUCGCACUUUUACCAUUCUUACAGACCAUAAACCACUUGCCUUUGCUUUCCGUGGUUCAUCCGACCGUUUCUCCCCCAGAGAAAUUCGUCAUUUGGAUUAUAUUUCACAGUUUUCUACCGACAUUCGCCAUGUCGAUGCUGCCAAUAACAUUGUCGCCGAUGCCAUGUCACGUAUAUGUCUUCACGAAGUUUCACGGCAGAAGAUUAACUUAGAAGACAUAGCAGCUCAUCAGGAAGGAGAUCCUGAGUUUGUGCAACUGAGAUCAAAUCCGUCGAUCAAAAUCUCACAGUUGCCAAUUCUUAACUCAGACUCCAAAAUUUACUGUGAUAUUUCCACUGGCAAGCCCCGGCCUUUUGUCCCUCAGCAGUACCGCCGAAUCGUCUUUGACCACCUGCAUGGAAUCUCACACCCGAGCAUCCGAGCCACCGUCAAGCUAAUUACUGAUCGCUUCAUUUGGCACAACAUGCGCUCCGAGAUCCAGCAGUGGGCCAAACAUUGUAUCACUUGCCAAACCAGCAAGAUCCACCGUCACACGAUUACCGUCCCCGGCACGUUUGCUCUUCCCGACGCUCGUUUCAAACAUGUUCAUCUUGACAUCGUUGGACCCUUGCCUCCAUCCAACGGUUUUGUCUACUUAUUGACAUGUGUUGAUCGUUAUACGCGUUGGCCACUUGCCGUGCCUUUACGUGAUGCUUCUACAGAAACGGUGGCGCGAACAUUCAUUGAGAAUUGGAUUUCCGUCUUUGGCACGCCAGCCACUAUUACUACCGAUAGAGGGUCCCAAUUCAAUUCGGCCUUGUUUCGUGACAUGAACCGCUUGCUCGGUUGUUCCCACCUACGGACAACCGCCUAUCACCCAGCUGCUAAUGGCAUCGUUGAACGUUUCCAUCGUCAACUUAAAGCUGCACUUACUGCUUCACAGUCGAACUCACAAUGGUCAGAACGUCUACCGAUUAUCUUGCUUGGUAUUCGUAACACCAUUAAAGAAGACAUUGGCUGUUGUCCCGCUGAGUUGGUCUUUGGCACUACUCUGAGGCUUCCUGGAGAAAUGGUGCUAGACUCAAGGGUUACUGGAGAAGUUGAUCCGACCUCGUACGUCACACGCCUGAGGCAGCACUUCAGUUCAAUUCGUCCAACGCCACCUCGAAUCAGUCCUCGGAGUCAACAGGUACACCCGGAUUUGCGCACUUGCCCCUUCGUUCUCGUGCGCGUCGAUUCCGUCCGUAAACCUCUGACACCGCCUUACGAGGGCCCCUUCAAGGUUGUUGCCCGGAAAGAGAAGUACUUCGUGCUGGAUAGAAAUGGUUAUCAGGAUACUGUGUCUAUUGACCGCCUGAAGCCGGCGUACAUCGAGUCGCGAUCUAUACCGAAACCCACGGACAUUCCUGUCACCGACCAGCCCACCUUCCCAAGUACGCCUCCUACUCAGCCCAUGUCUGACACCUCUGUUCCCUCUUCUGCACCCCAAGCAUCUCACGACACAAACUCGAAAUCGCAUCAUCGAACACGCUUCGGACGUACAGUUGUUCUCCCUUCCAGACUACGGUAAAUGACACCCAAGUAUCGAGCUUUCGUCUCAGUGACUCACGCUCUAGGGGGGGGAGUUCUGUAGCGCUUGUACAUAUCUUUCUUCCCAAUUGUACUUUCCUAUUCUCACUUCCAUUAUUAUUGUACAGUUUUGUUUUAACUGACCAACAACCGAUACAACACUUUUUCGGGUUUCGAUUCGCCUUCUGGUUUCGGCUACGCGUGUUGUGCUGUUGGUCGUCGUCUGUCUGCUGGCCUCGUCCAUCGAUCAUCGGAUCUAACGCGUCGAUUUAUUGUGCCGACUAAGUUCCGUCUUCCGACCAGAUUGUGCGACUAACUGACAGCCUAGCGAAGAUCGUGCUUUACCUAAGGUCAGCUACAGCAUUCUUAUUUAUAGACUGAGUUCUUAUAUGUAGUUAAGCCCUUUCCGUUUGGCCUUUUCCACUACAUAUUUGGUGACCCCGUUUUCUUUUUUUUGAAAGCUCAGAACUCCUUUUUUGUGUGACUUGACUAUGUCGGACCACGAUCCCCGCACUGACAUUUCAGAAAAUUUUGUUGGUUUUUCCUUCCCUGCCUUCGAUUCUUCUAAUCCUCACGUGUGGUUUUUACAGUUGGAAGCUCUUUUUCGCAUACGCCGUAUUACUUCUCAGUCCUUAAUGUUCGCACAUGUCACUGCCCAGCUUCCUACCCACAUCGCAACUGACCUUAUAGACUUGCUCGAUCCGAUUCCGGCUGACGCACCUUACGAUAAACUCAAAGCCGCCGUAUUAAAGCGCACCACGGCCUCCGAC